GAGCAGCCCAGGGAGAAGCAACUAACGCUGGACGAGGAUGAGGAGGGAGAACACCAAAAGAGUGAUGCCAAAGAGACAGGACAACAAGAGUACAAGGAAAAGGAUCUAGAAGAGGACCCACAACCAAAUCAAGCUGAAGAUGAAGAUCCUUUGGAAAAUAUUAAGAAAAUGCUGGAGAUCAAGGUGCAGGACAAAUGCAAAGACAAGGACACAGAGACAACUGUGGAGAAAACAGAAGAGGGACUAAAAGAGGACCAGCAAAAGCCAGGAGAGGAACUCAUAAUACAACCUUUACAAGAGCAUAAAAGUAUAUCAAAGGAUACGCCACCAGUUUUACCAGAAACCCCAAAGGAACAGCUGACCAAUGAACCCACUGAAGAUCUGAAUUUUGGAGAUAUUCCUGAGGAACCAGCUGCAGAUCCUGUAGAGAAACUGAAAGAAGAACCAGAAGGAAAUGAAGAAACCAUAGAUGAGCAAAAGUCCCAGGAAGAGAAGAAGCAUCAGCCAUCAAAAGAACAAGAGAACAUCGAACUUAUUCCAGAGGAGGAGGAGGAUUUGCCCAAUAAGCAGGUAACCCAGGAAACCCCAGAAGAACAGGAGCCUCCGAAGAGGAAGAACGAGGAAGAGGAGGAUCUACCCAAUGAGCAGGUGACACAAUUUUUAAGGCAUUUGGUUGCUCAACUGUGGCCAGAACUGGGACCCAAUCCCGGCCUGCGUUUGGAACGUGCCAGUGCCAAGGGUGACAACUAUCUGGGCGUGGUUUGGCGUCUCCAGGUAGACGCCACCAUCUCCCAUGCCCAGUCCAAGUGCAGCCUGGUGGUCAAGCUUCCACCCCAGAAUCGUGUGCGCCGCAAGCAAUUCUUUGCACGUCCCUGCUUUCUCCGGGAAACUGCUGCCUACGAGGACUUUCUGCCCCUGGCCGAGGUGCUCCAGGAGAAGUGGCAAAUCCCAACUGAAAAUAGAUUCCAGCAGCAUGCCCAUUGUUAUGGCACCCGCCAGGAUGAGCCCAACGAGUGCAUCGUGCUGGAAGAUUUAUCCUGUUCUGGCUUUGCCCUUCACAAUCGAUUUGUUGACUUGCCCAAGGAUCAUGUGCUCCAUGUAAUCCGUUCGUAUGCCAAGCUACAUGCCCUGUCUCUGGCCGGAAAGUGUCAGUGUCCCGAACGGAUGCAUCGACUCCAGCAAUUGGUGGAUAUUUUUGAGCAACGACGCGAGGAUCAUGCUUUGGGGGUCUACUUUGAGAAUCUCAAGGGGAGUGCCUUGUCAUCGCUGACGGAUGACGAUGUUCCCUAUAGGCUGCGCCUGGAGGCAUACUUCUCGCGGGGCUCAUACUUCGAGCUGCUGCUACCCUUGGUCAGUGGCUCCAAUUGCGAACCCUUUGCUGUCAUCUGCCAUGGCGAUUGUUGGAACAACAAUAUCCUGUACCAAAGGGGCGAAGAAGGUGAGCUGAAGGAUGUUCGCCUUAUUGACUGGCAGCUGAUGCGCUAUGCCUCUCCCAUCACCGAUUUGGCCUACUUUCUCUUCACCUGCACAUCGAGAGGCUUCCGGCAGAGGCAGCUCAACCAGGUGCUGGAAGAGUACUACCUGGAGUUGGGUCAGCACUUGAGGAGAUUGGGUGAGCAAGUGGAUUUGCUAAUGCCGCGUCCUGCCUUUGAGCAACAGGUGGCAACCAAGUCGGCGGUGGGCCUGCUUCUUGCCAUGAUGGUCCUGCCCAUUGUCACGAUGCAGGGCCAGGAUGUGCCCGAUCUUCAAGCGAUCAGCGAUCGGAUUGAGGCUGGAGCAACCACCGAUCUUCAGGGAGCUGGUUUCCUGGGUGCGGGCAAUGAGGCCACAUUUAAGCAGCGGAUGCGUGAAGUGAUCCUUGAUUGCGUUGACUUUAAUUAUAUCUGAGAAAGAGAGAGAGAGAGAGAGAGAGAGAGAGAGAGAGAGAGAGAGAGAGAGUGAGAGAGAGAGAGAGAGAGAAAGAGAGAAAGAGAGAUAGAGAUAGAGAGAGAGAGAAAGAGAGAGAGAGAUAGAAAUAGAGAGAGAGAAAGAGAGAAACAGAGAGAGAGAGCGGAGCUCCUUCAACUCUUCGACUUCUUCCGCUUAAAACGGCUGAGUGGUAACCCACGUAGGCCAAGAUCUACAAUUAAGCGAAUAAAUAAUAAAAUACAUUAUGA